AUGACUGUUGAGCAUUUCAGUACACCGGUGCCACAAAAAGUCUAUUCGGCUGAUUAUUUGUAUACUGCAAAUGAUACUACAACUGAUAUGGAACAGUUUUCUACACCACUACAGAAAUUAUCCAAUAAUUCAUUGAAUGAUGUAAGACUUCCUAAUAAAGGUCGUGAAGUGCUGCCUGAAAGAUACUAUAACAUACGAGAAGAUAAUAGGGAAAAUAAAUUGGCUGAUUCGUCAAAUGAAGGAAAUAUUGUGAAUCCGGUAAAUAAUAACAAUGCAUCUCUAACUCCAUUGAGUGACGUUGCAUUUCAAUUGUAUCAAACCAAAUUAACGAUAGAUAGUCAUAAGGGACACCCACAUCAUACAAAUACAUUCAAACAACAGCGAGCCAUUGGUUCUGGUAAAGAGCCCAUAUAUUAUAGGCCUCCGUCUUCAAGCGAAGGCGCACAAUAUGGCAUUAAAAGUUUUCUACCACCUAAUUUCGAAAAGGGAAGUAUAAGAGAUAGGACUACAAACAAAGUACCAAUAGCCGCUAAUACACCUGAAAUUUAUCAAAAAGAUUCGAUUUUUGUAAAGGAUGAUGAUGAGAUAGAUGAGAUUGAAGAUGCGAAUAGUAAUCCAACAGGUGAUUGGUUUAACCCUGUAGUCAAAGAAGCAUUAAGAAGACAGCCUCGGAGGGAAGUAGAAAUAAAGAUAAUAGGAACCAACUUAUUAUAUUUAUUGGCCUUUAAGUUAUCUGUCGCAGUCGGAAACUACUUCUUAACCUUAUAUGAGUAUAAAAGAAUGCCAUUUCAAAGUGUUGGGGGCUAUUAUCCGCCUAUAAGGCAUGAUCACACCCAUCCAGGAACAGUUGGCUUUUAUACUAUAUUAGCCAUUCGUGUUAUUUAUGGUAUAUUCCUUUUCAAUUGUAUAUUAUCAUUCUACAGAUUAACAAAAGGCCAAGACCAAUGUUUAGAUUUACCACUCAACAACAAGCAACGUGAAUUGCUUGGCUUAAGGGUAGACCAAACGUCAAAUGAAGAUAUAAAUGAAAAGGAAGGCGCUGAAGAAGAUGCUCAGUUAACAAUGAAACAAAGGAGGUUCCAAUCGCAGCAUAAUGGUAACUAUAUCCUACCAAAGUAUACUAAGUCCAAUAUCUAUUCAGUGCAUCAGGUCAAACCUACUAUGAGAGUCAAUGAAAAGUUCCAUGAUCCUACCGAUUUGACUCUUUCGGACAAACUGAUCCAAACCAGACUAAUUCAUACUCCGUCUUACAAGUUGAAGCAUCGCGAUACCCACAAAGAUCUCGAAACUAGUUUUCAUAAAAAAUACAAUAUUGAAUUUAAUUAUUCGGAUGAUGAAGAUAGUUGA